UUAUGGCUAUCUUUUUAACCUUAUUUGCUGCAAUUACUAACUUACCCCUAUUUUAACACUUCUCUCCUAAAUCAUUAAUGUUGACUUAAACACUCACCCCCAAUUCAACCAUUACGCAAAUGAUCAGAGCAACAACUGUUCAUCUUCUCUUUCAAAUUUGCGAUUUUAAUAUGUUAAUAAAAACAAAACUUUUGAUGAAAUUAAUCAAUUUGUGGAGAUUAUUUGGCGUUAUUUUGUAAUUGCGCACAAAUUCCAUCUAACAUAGUCAAUUUGUGGGAGUAUUUUUCGAUCGAUUUUUAGGGUUAAUUUUUGGGAAUUGCCAUAAAAAUUGGUAUUCGCGACUGAAGAUCAAUUGUUAGGGGCAGCUUUGAGGUUUGCUGAGGUUCCUUGAGUCAUCAUCAAAACAUGUAAGGUCAACACAAUGGAAAGGAUACAAAAGACAAACAAGCUUGCACUGAUAUGGCUAUCUAAACUAGGAGACCAAUCGAGGUGGUCAAAACAUCAAUUUGACCCUAAGAUAUGUAGUGAUGAGAACAAGACUAACUUUGUGGAGAGCUUCAAUGCUACACUAGGGAUUGAAAGAUGCAGACCUGUGUUGACUUUAUUGGAAGCUAUAAGAAGGAUGUGCAUGGUGAGGAUAGCAGCAAGAAGGCAGAAAUGUCAAGCUUGGAAUGAAUCACAGCCAUGUCCUAAUAUUGUCAAGAGGAUUCAAAAGCUCAUGCUUGAUUCUAGAUCAUGCAAAGCCUUCGAGAGUAAAGAAGGAGAAUAUGAGAUUAGGGAAGGAAGAUCAAUGCUUCAUGUGUCAUUGAACAAAAAUAGUUGCAUUUGUGGGGCUUGGCAGAUAUCUGGGAUACCCUGUAAGCAUGCAUUAAGAGCAAUAUUGUAUGCAGGACAUGAUCCACACAACUAUGUUAGCACAUGGUACUCUGUAGCAGCAUAUAAACAAGCUUAUGGGCCUGCUAUCAACUCAAUCCCAGAUCCUGAACAUUGGCCUCAAAUUGACCAGCCCACCAUUAAUCCUCCCCCAAUGAGAAGAGGCAUUGGAAGGCCCAUCUAGACAAAGGAGAAGAGCAGAUGAUGAGCCAGAUAAGGGUAAAAGAUCUAGCACAGUUCAAUGCUCAAAUUGCAAGGCAUAUGGGCAUAAUUUAAAGACAUGCAAGGGUGGUUUGAGUGCAAAAGAGAAAGCAUCACUGAGUUUUGUCAUUGACCAACAUAAGAGACAGAAAAAAGUCCAUCCAUUUGGUUCCCAGACAACUCAACCAACAGGAUCUCAACCCUCAACAAGCCAACCAACUGGUUCUCAACCCUCAACAACACAAAGAAGGAGAAAGACCAAAUCUCAACCAAGCUCUACAUCUCAACCACUGCAAACUUCAACCAGGAUGCAAACUAUAAGCUCAACCUUGGUUUUUUCUCAGCCACAAGUUGUUUCUCAUUCAUCUCAGGCCACAUACAAAAGUAAAGGCAAAGGGAAACAUAAAGCCUAGAUGUUUUUCAUAUUUGAUUCAUAUUAAUUUUAAGUUAGUUUCAUAUUUUCAUGGAUAUUUGAUUUCAAUUAGUUUUAAGUUGUAAUAAUCUAGUUAAACUCAAGUCUUUUGCUAUACUAAACUGAGUUAUUGGUAAUUUUUUACUAAA